UCUGCCCCUUGCUAAUUAAUCAAAUGCCAGGCAUGCUAUGCAGGAAAUGUUUUUGUAUUUCAGUUUCAGUGCAUCAGCAAAUUAGCUCUCUUUCGCGGUAGGAAUUUCUUUUCAAUUGAAAUGAAUCCUCACAUAUUUGCAAUGGGGUGAAGCACAUUUUAGUCCAAUUUAGAAGCGGAGACUAUUGGCAGUGAAGUGCCUAACUGUAGUAGAAUUGGCAGUGUCUGAAGCCUUCACAGAAUCCGUUGCAUUGCCAAAGUUGGAGGCAUUAGCCCUUAGCACAUGAAAACAUAAAGGGCAGAAAAUCGUCAAGGCAUAGGAAAAACAUUGAAUCAAGGCGUUUCUAUCACCAGUUCCAAAUUUAAUACUUUUCCUUCUUUCUUCUUUUGGGUAUGACUUUUCCUGCUUUCUCAUUAAGGUUCUGCUGGGGUCUAGCUGGCAGAUCAUGAAUUGGAAGCUUAUCAACAUUGGCUCCACGUUGGGAAUGGUUUAAGUAAUAAUGGAAAACAUAGUUAACAUACACAGCGCGAAUUCCACAUUGCCAAACAAUGUCUAGCUUGGGCCUUUGAAGUUUGAAGCACAAUGGCUUGUUUCAACUAUGGCUUAAAAACAUCAAUCUCGUCAAUUGGCAAUGGGCUGUUACGAAAUGAAAAGUCUUAGAACCUUAAAAGCCUUCUAGAUUACCAAAACACCCCCAUAUCCUCAAAGAAAUAACAAAACAUGUUCCCAAACCGACCAGCACUUCCCAAAAGUCGCAUCAUCGUCCCGCCACGGUACCAACUUCGACCGUCUUCUUUGUUCUGUCUGAUCAUUCAAUUAUCCCCCAACUUCAUUUCACGUCCCGAGUAAUUCAUUACGCUACUAUCACUAACAAAGGAACCAAAUCUUCUUGCUACCCCAAUUAGAUGGGAGCAGAGAAAUGGAAAGGAACCAACGUGUCAGACAUUGAGGGUGAAGACGACCUCGACGAGGAGCCUGGGGAGGUAAUCGAAUCAGCUCCGCCUCUCGAGGUCGGCGAGGAGAGAGAGUUGGGUAGUUCUGGUAUCAAGAAAAAGCUCCUCAAAAACGGUAUCUCUUGGGAAACUCCUGAGUUUGGCGACGAAGUCACCGUUCAUUAUGUGGGUACCUUGCUUGACGGGACAAAGUUUUGUUCCACAAGGGAUAACGAUGAACCAUUGACAUUUAAGCUUGGUGAAGGUCUGGUAGCGAAGGGUUUGGAUCAUGGGAUUAUAACUAUGAAGAAGGGGGAAUGCGCAUUGUUCACAUUGCCCCCUGAUUUCGGUUAUGGAGCUGAAGGUCGUGAUGGUUUGCCACCUGAUUCGGUUAUGCAAUUUGAGAUGGAACUUCUUUCGUGGAUUACGGUGGUGGAUAUAAGCAAAGAUGGUGGUAUUAUCAAGAAAAUUAUGGAGAAGGGAGAGAGGAAUGAAUGGCCUAGUGAUUUAGAUGAAGUUCUCGUAAAAUAUCAAAUGGCGCUUGUCGAUGGGACUAUAGUUGCAAAAACUCCGGCAGAAGGAAAUGAGUUUUACGUGAAAGAUGGCCGUCUAUGUUCAGCAUUGACAAAAGCAAUCUUAACAAUGAAAAGGGGAGAGAAGGUUACACUAAUUGUUCAACCGAAGUAUGCUUUUGGAGAGAAAGGGAGGGAUGCUGCUGAUGGGUUCCCAGCUGUUCCACCAAAUUCAGUUUUGAACAUUGAAUUGGAGUUGGUCUCUUUCAAGUCUGUUGUUGAUGUUACUGGUGAUUCUAAGGUAUUCAAAAAGAUUUUGAAGGAGGGAGAGGGUGCUAUUGUUGCAAAUGAAGGUGCUGCCGUGACUAUUAGCUAUACAGCUAGGUUAGAAGAUAAUACUGUGUUUGAGAAAAAGGGAGUUGAUGGAAAGCAGCCAUUGGAAUUUAUCACAGAUGAAGAACAAGUGAUUCCUGGUUUGGAUCGAGCGGCAGCAACAAUGAAGAAGGGGGAACAAGCAUUGUUGACAAUCAGUUCUGAGUAUGGUUUUGGGAGUGUUGUGGCAGAGCGUGAUCUUGCUGUAGUCCCACCAUGUUCAAACCUAUUCUAUGAAGUUGAAAUGUUAGAUUUUGUUAAGGAAAAAGCCCCAUGGGAACUGAAUAGUCAAGAGAAAAUUGAGGCUUCUGGGAAAAAGAAAGAAGAAGGGAAUAUGCUAUUUAAAAGUGGGAAGUAUCAAAGAGCAGGAAAAAAGUAUGAUAAGGCUGUGGACUAUGUCAGUGAAGAUGGAUCCUUUAGGGAUGAUGAGCAAAAGCUAGUAAAAGCACUAAGGAUUUCUUGCUGGUUGAAUGGUGCAGCAUGUAGCCUCAAACUAAGUGACUCCCAGGGGGCAAUCGAGUUAUGUUCCAAGGUACUAGAUUUUGAGUUCCACAAUGUGAAAGCUCUAUAUAGGCGGGCACAAGCCUAUAUGGAAACUUCAGAUCUAGUUUUAGCUGAAUUGGACAUCAAGAAAGCUCUUGAGGCUGAUCCCCAAAACAGGGAGGUGAAGUUACUUCAGAAGACACUGAGACAACUCCAAGUUGAAAGCAACAAGAGGGAUGCUAAACUCUUUACAAACAUGUUUGCACGUAUGUCGAAAGACUCAUCUGUUCCAAUGAAGAAAUUGAAGGUUGAGAAAGCAGUGCAUGGGAAGAGUGAAGAGGUCCUAGCAAUGGAAAUGGAAUGUGCUGGAGAUAGUUCGGCACCUUCUGAAGAUAGAAUGGCUGUUGAUUCGAGUUGAGAAAAUGUAUUUUAAUAGAAGACGUAAUCUAACAAUCCAAGUUUGAAAUAGCACUUCUUAUCUUUCUAACAAAAGGUUAAGGUCAUAUGUUCAAAUUCGUAUUGCCCCCUAGGCCUUCUUCAAUUGUAAGUUCGACCAGAAAAAAACACAAGGGAAAAACAAGUACAAUUCUUGUAAACUGAAAGAAAGAGGGAUGAAAGAAAGGAUAACCCCGGUAUAAAGAUGUGAUCUGUGUUCUCUAAAAUUUCAUAGGAUUCAUAAUAUUGAACUUGAUGUAA